UACGGAUCUCGUGAGGAAGAUGCAAACCCUGCUCAACCAUGACGCCGUUAGUGUUGCUCACCCUGACCCUGACUGCCAUGCUCGUCAAGGACACAGAUGGCCAGGACCCGUGUUACAACGCUCAGCUGGGUCUGUCCUCACGCUUCUGUCAGUACUGCGGCUACGGCGCCCUGGACUCUUUCUGCAUCAAGCGAUACAACAAAUGCGUGCCGACCCAGGCAUACACGGGAUACAACGCUGUGCCCAACUCCCCCCCACCACAUGGAUACCUGUAUUCAGGAUCUGCCACAGCACCACCAGCCUCAUGCACCAAACUAAUAGCCGUCAGCAACCUGAUAGCCAACCGUGCUGGACUUACAGGCACCACCCCAGUCUAUCUUCAGACCAACUUCUGGGACUUGCGUCUGCCAAUGGUAUACUUUAACCCAGCCCUAGUUAAUUACCUGAACAUAGUCCAGCCCUUGACUCACUGUUUGGCAAACGAUGCGCCAUUCCCCAACGGCUAUUGGAACUACAGGGAUCCAAGAAACGUAAAAUCUGGUUUGAGGUACGACAGCUUCUAUUUCGUCGAUGACAACGGCAACUACACCUGGAGCUUCCAGUGCUACUGCGAUUUCUGCAACUCCUGCAACUCAUGCACAAACGGCUAACUCUGAGUGCACUCGAAUGACCACACGAUGACCGCUGCCACGGAACAUCUGAACUCUGUGGAUACCGUACAAUGGUCAAUGGCUUUUGAUUACAUGAAUUUGAAAACAAUUAAAAC